AGCCGACGACCUCCAAGCCGACAAGAUGGGUGCCCUCAAGUACGUUGAAGAGAUUCAGAAGAAGAAGCAGUCCGACGUGAUUCGCUUCCUGCUGCGUGUCCGUUGCUGGGAGCUCCGUCAGCUGAACGCUAUCCACCGUGCUUCUCGUCCUUCUCGUCCCGACAAGGCCCGUCGUCUCGGUUACAAGGCUAAGCAGGGAUAUGUUAUCUACCGUGUCCGUGUGCGCCGCGGUGGCCGCAAGAGGCCCGUUCCCAAGGGUGCCACCUACGGCAAGCCCACCAACAUGGGUGUUAACCAGCUCAAGUACCAGCGUGCUCUCGCUGCUACCGCUGAGGAGCGUGUCGGUCGCCGUUGCGCCAACCUGCGUGUCCUGAACUCCUACUGGAUCAACCAGGACUCCACCUACAAGUACUUCGAGGUCAUCCUUGUCGACCCCCAGCACAAGGCCAUCCGCCGCGAUCCCCGCAUCAACUGGAUCUGCAACGCCGUUCACAAGCACCGCGAGGCUCGUGGUCUCACCUCUACCGGCAAGAAGUCCCGUGGUAUCAACAAGGGUCACCGCUACAACAACACCUCUGGCGGUCGCCGACACACCUGGAAGCGCCAGAACACCCAGAGCUACUGGAGAUACCGUUAAGUGUAGUUGGAUGGGUUUUGUGGAGCUUCUGGAUUAUGGGAAAAAGCUAUCUUUGUGGACGUGUCUAUUCAGCCAAUGCCAGUCAGGGCUUGCUUCAUUGAGCUCUCAGGCUGCGAGAUUAAUGCAACAGAUCCCCUGGGUUGGGUGUUAGCAAAAAUCCUUUUAUUUCAAGCAUGAUUCCCCGUCGCGGCUAUUUCUUUAACGAAGUAUGACGACUGUUUUGCUCUUUU